GCAUCUAUAUAAGGAAGCAUAUGAGCUUAAGAGUUUCAAUGACAGUAUAUUCUUCGUUCGAAAUUGAAGGGAUUUAACGUAAUAAUGAAUAACAUUAAAGGUAAAACUGUUCUAAUUACUGGCGCAGCCGUUGGCCUUGGAUAUAAAUACGCCCAAGAUCUGCUAAGGAAUGGCGCCAAGAGCGUUGCCAUUUUGGAUCUGGCCACUUCGAAAGGCGACCAGUCUGCGGUAACAUUGGAAAAAGAAUUUGGCAAAAAUCGAGCCAUCUUUGUACCUUGCGACGUGUCGAAUGCCUCGCAAUUCGAAGAGGCUGUAAAGAAGGUUAUCUCUACCUUCAAUGUCAUUGAUAUAUUUAUUAACAAUGCUGGAAUUUUGGAUGAAUCUAAAUGGAUAAAAACAAUUGACAUUAAUGUCACGGGUCUCUUUCAUGGAUGCUUUUUAGCUAUGGAUCAUAUGAGCAAGAAGAAAGGUGGCAAAGGUGGAACUCUCGUAAACAUCGCUUCUAUCGUUGGAAUUUCUAACAAAUUUAUAAAAGCCCCAGUUUAUACGGCAACUAAACACGCAGUCGUUGGAUUCAGUAACGUUUUGAAGAAUAUGGAAGAGCAAACUGGUGUCCGCGUGUUGAUCAUGUGUCCUGGUGUUACGGAGACAUAUUUAUUCCAGGACGUCGAAAACAAAUUUACCAAAUUAGUAGAUAUACCUACUGCAGAAUUUUUCCAGAAUUACCCUAAGCAAACGGUCGAUAAUGUUUCACAAGCAAUGAUGGAUCUAAUUGAAAAAGGCAAAAAUGGAGCGAUUUGGGUCAGCGAGGGUGGACAACCGCCGUAUCAGAUCGAGAUUCCUCAUUAUACGGAACUUGUCGUGCCUAUUGUGAUUAUCGGUAAGGCAAAAAAUUUCGUUUUGAAAGAAAAAAAAAAAAUGCAAAUAAAAGACAAAAGAGCGAUCGUAACGGGCGCAGCGAGUAAAUUGGGCUUGGCCUUUAGCAGAGAAUUGUUACGUAAUGGUGCAACUAAAGUCCUCAUGAUCGACAACCGCGAGGAGGAGGGGACAGGGGCGAUGGAGAGAUUAAAUUUUGAAUUUGGCCGUAAUCGCGCGAUUUUUCUUCCCUGCGACGUGACCCGUAGCACCGAUUUCAAUAUUACAUUUAAGGAUGCAAUCAAUAUACUUGGCGGUCUGGAUAUUUUAAUCAACAACGCCAGCGUGAUAAAUGAGGCUGACUUUGUAAAAGCUAUAGACGUUAACGUGACAGCUCUGAUUCGUUCAACUUUACUGGGAAUACAACAAAUGCGUCGAGAUUCAGGUGGGAAAGGAGGCGUUGUCCUGAAUGUUUCCUCGAUCGCUGGCCUAUGUGCUUUACCACAACUUCCAGUUUACUCCACCGCAAAACACGCCGUGGUGAAUUUUAGCCGUUCCUUCGCCCAACCUUAUCAUUAUCAGAGAACCAAGGUGAGAAUUAUAGUGCUCUGUCCAGGCGUGACCGAGGCGAAUCACGAAGAUUUUCGAAGCAAUCUUAUAGAUCCUCAAGUCCUGCAAAAGUACCAACCCCAAAGAGUGGAAUCAGUUGCUCAUGGGCUAGUCUAUGCGAUCAGAUGCGCUCAAAAUGGAACUAUAUGGAUAAGCGAGCAAGGUAAACCUGUUUAUGAAGUUCAACUGUCCGAUAGUUUACCCCAGAAAACGGAUCAAGGGGAGGAACAACAGAUUUGUAUAAAUACCAUUCGAACAGAGCCCUCGAUUUCAGUUUGCUUCUUUGUGAUCGCUACGUUCUGUCAUCAUUUUUUUUCGAUUCUUAUCGAUUUAUUUAUUUCGAAAAUGGAGAUGAUGGGUACGAUGAGUAUUCCUAAUUUUUCCUCAAGGAAAAUCAGAAGAAGAUGCCGGGAAAGAAACGAUAUUCUUUUUAAACGAUUUCUAACAUUUGUAUUUUUUUCACCGUUAGCUUUAUUCUUAUGCGAUGCCUUUUAUUUAUCCGCUCAACGGAUGAUCAGACGACGAUCCUCGGCCUCGGAAAGAACCAAGGAAUUGGAAGAAAUCAAUGGUGUGGUAUCUGGUAAAAAUAUUUUAAUAACUGGCGGUGCUGCUGGUCUAGGUUACGCUUUCGUUAAUAGCUUUCUGAAACACGGAGCAAACAAAAUAGCUAUACUCGAUAUAGACGGAGAGACUUGUAAGAAGAUUGGCUUGGGUAUAGAAAAGUCGUACGGUGUAAACAAAGUAUACUUCAUACAAAGUGACGUAGCUAAACACGAGCAAUCGAUAGAGGCCUUUGAGGAAGCAUCAAUAUUAAUGACCGAAAUCGACAUAGUGAUUAAUAAUGCUGGAAUACUCGACGAACGACGUUGGGAACGUGAGAUCGCCGUGAAUAUUACUGGAAUGAUCUCAACAGCAAUGUUGGCUGUCAAACACAUGAGCAAAGAGAGCGGUGGACACGGUGGAAUAUUGGUGAAUGUCAGUGAACACAUGAAUAUCGGUAAUACGGCUCAACUUCCAGUUUAUGCGGCUACGAAACACGCGAUCAUAGGUCUUUCGCAAUCUCUCGCAGACCCUGAUAAUUACGAAAGAACCGGAAUAAGGGUGAUAACGUUGUGCCCUGGAUUAACAGAAACUGGUCUCACUAUCGACAGUCCGAACAAAUUGUUAUCCAGAGUAAUGAAAGCGGAUUUUGUGAAGAACUUGGAACAGGUCCCCAUACAAACACCGUACAUCGUCGCGCAGGGCCUGUUAAAUGUUCUACGUUUCGGUGAAUCCGGUAGCAUUUGGGUCAUCGAGAGUGGUCGUCAACCUUAUGAGAUUUAUGUACCAAAUCCUCGUACUCUAUGUCGACGUUACAAGAACAACAUGACGUAUGUCGAGACUAAAAUUGGAAAAGGACGCAAAAUAACGAAAGUUUACGAUAAUAGUACGAGAACUAGCGUAAUUUGUGUUUGACCGAAACAUGAACUAUUUUGUUACAUUUAUACGCGAAAAGUUUCCUAAGCGAAUUGCAUUUCGACUGUAGGAAGAAAAUGCUCUGAAAUUAGGAAGUAAUAAAUAAUUAAUCUGUAAGCGUGUAUGAGUAUACGAAUAUACCAUUGUGCAUAGCUAACAGGUUAAGAAAAAAAAGACACAAAAAAAGAGGUCGAUUACUAUUACAAAGAUUAUACACCGCGUAUUAUUUCAUCAUUUCAGUAUUAUUCAUAGCAUCGGGAUUCACAAUAUCCGCUGUACAAAACAAAAACUUAUCGUUGGAAAAUCGCGUACAUCGUGUAAUAAUAUUCUCCCCAUGCAUAAUGCAAGAAACUUAAAACAUAUACUUUUUUCUUCUUAUCUGCCUACGUUUAAUAUACACUUGAUUUGUGUU